GGACAUCGCAAGAACAGAUAUAUAAAGCCCUAACAGACUGCUCGAUAUCCUUCUGAUCAGAACAUUCAACCAGCCUACAAGACUGUACACUUCUUCAUUCUACACAAACCUUCUCACAAGCAUAUUACUUCCCAAUCCCUACAAUCCAACCAGCAUCAUGCCUCCCAAACGCAAGGUCAAGUCCGACAACGACAGCGCCUCAGACAGCGCAGCCAAAAAACAACGCACCGCAGGCCCCAAAGCCCCCAAAUCCAAGGCCCACAAGACCCGCGCAACCACCAAAGUCUCCGCCGCCGACAAAAAGCUGCAAGCCCACCUGGCGACCAUCCAAACCGAGCUCGACAACUGGGCGCGCGACCACGCCGUGGAGUCCCUCCCCGGCGACAAAGAGUUUCCUCUGGACGCCCGCGAUGCCCUCCUCCGCGCGCUAGGCGAGUACUGCACCAAGGCCGAUGACGGCUGGAAGGCGCUCGUGGACAGCCUGCCCCCGGGGUCAGUGGAGAAGCUGCCCCAGGCGCUGGCGGUGGUCGUGCUGGCGAAAGACGUGUUCAAGAAUGUGGUGCAGAAUCCACUGGCUCUGGCGGAGGGGACGAUCCUUGAGGGGAGAAGGGUCACAUGGGAGAAGACACGUUUGGAGAAUGAAUUAUACGCCCACAUCAUGCGCAAAGCCCUCGCCCCAUACGCCAUCUCAAAAGCCGGCGCCGCCGCCGCGAGCGCCAACCUCUGGGAAUCCGCCAUGGAGCGACUGUCGCCGCUGUGCAACGACUCGUCCCCGCUGCGCCACCUGCUCAAGCCAGCCAAGAAAGACAAGGAAGAGGCGCGGUUUGAGGAGCUGAAGGUCGCGUACGAAGAGGCAGGCGCGGUGAGCUUCGCGCUGUGGAACAAGGACAACGAGACCCAUACUCGGUUCCGGACGGAGGUGGUCGGCGACGAGGAUGAUGGUGAUGAUAAGAAGAUGCCGUUUGUGACGCAGCCGGCGGUGAUUCGGGUCGCUGAUGUGAAGGGUAAGGCGGCUGGGGAGGUGAUUUCUUGGGCGCAGGGAUUGAAGGCGGAGGCGGAUGGUGGGGAGGAGGAGGCUUAGUUUCUCUUUCUCUCUCGCUCUCUUUUGUUUUCUAUUCCUUUCUUUGUUUGUCUUUUUUGCCGGUUGGUGUUGCCAUUGCUGUUUCUGUUGCUGUUUGUAUACUGUUCUAUUGCGCUGUGUCAGGUGUAUGGAUCGGUUUUUGUUAGCAUGUCUUUGUUACAGUAGACCAGUUGUGAGUGAUAUAUAGAGUCAAAUAUUCAUUUUGAAAAACUUAC